CCAGUGAGAAGCUAAUCCCGAGCCAGUGUCCCCAUCCCUCUCUCUCUCCCUCUGUGAUCCCAUCUCUGUUCUUCAGUCUGCUCUUACUCUGCAGAUCGAGCCUCUCUGGACUGAACUGCAGGAAAGACACAGACCGUUUGCUGCCUCUACUCUUUCGAUAACCCUCAGGUAAUAACCCAGACCACGUAACCAUGGCGAACUCUUUCACCCGAAUGAUGUCUGGCCGUAACACGGCAACGGCAGUGAUGUUGGCCAGCGUAGGAGCUGGCACACUGGUCUCUGGAUACCUCUUCAGUGACAGCACCGCUGCAGCUGAGAGGAAGAGGCUCUAUCCACCCAGUGCUGAUUUCCCUGACCUGAGGAAGCACAACAACUGUAUGGCAGCUGCUCUGUCCCCAUCCAUAUAUGCACAUCUGAGGGACAAGACAACACCCAGCAACUGGACCGUGGAUCAAUGCAUUCAGACCGGGGUGGACAACCCUGGACACCCAUUCAUCAAGACUGUGGGCAUGGUGGCUGGAGAUGAGGAGAGCUACGAGGUGUUUGCUGAGCUCUUUGACCCUGUGAUCAAGGACAGACACAAUGGCUAUGACCCUCGCACAAUGAAGCACCCCACUGACCUGGAUGCUUCCAAGGUCACCUCAGGAGUGUUUGAUGAACGCUACGUGUUAUCAUCUCGUGUCCGUACUGGUCGCAGCAUCCGUGGACUGAGUCUGCCCCCUGCUUGCACACGCUCUGAGCGCCGUGAAGUGGAGCGUGUGGUUGUGACAGCUCUGUCUGGCCUGAAGGGAGACCUGGCGGGUCGCUACUACAGUCUGGGAGAGAUGUCCGAGAGAGAGCAGCAGCAGCUUAUUGAUGAGCACUUCCUGUUUGAUAAACCUGUGUCACCUCUGCUCACAUCAGCUGGGAUGGCCAGAGAUUGGCCUGAUGCUCGUGGGAUCUGGCACAACAACGAGAAGAACUUUUUAAUCUGGAUCAAUGAGGAGGACCACACAAGGAUCAUAUCCAUGGAGAAAGGUGGAAACAUGAAGAGAGUGUUUGAAAGGUUCUGCAAGGGUCUUAAGCAGGUGGAACAUCUGAUUCAGGAGAGAGGUUGGGAGUUCAUGUGGAAUGAGCGUUUGGGCUACAUUCUCACCUGCCCCUCUAACCUCGGCACCGGACUCAGGGCUGGUGUGCAUAUUCGCCUGCCCUUCCUCAGCAGGGAUCCUCGCUUCAAGAAGAUCCUGGAUAACCUGAGGCUACAGAAGAGAGGCACAGGAGGUGUUGAUACAGCUGCAACUGGAGACACCGUUGACAUCUCUAACCUCGACCGUCUGGGCAAGUCAGAGGUGGAGCUGGUACAAUUAGUGAUUGAUGGCAUAAACUACCUUAUUGAAUGUGAGAAGAGGCUGGAGAGGGGGCAGGACAUCAAGAUCCCCUCCCCCAUCCCUCAGUUCAGAAAGUGAACUUCUCCUCUGCUGGGAAUCAUCGUAUAGAGCAGGCGCUCCAACCGCUGGUCGCUAAAAUGUUGGUCUUACAAGAUAUUCGUGGCAUGUAUAGCACUGUACCGACUUUCAUGCACAAUAAAUUCAUAACAUGUACAUGAAUACUAAGCACAAUAAACUCUCUUGAAGAACCGA